AUGUUGGCAAAAGAUUUUUAUUCAAUAAUUAGUAGUGACGAAUCAACCACAAAUUUUUUAAUUAGCAAAAAUCUUGUGGCAAAUAAUGAAAAUGCCGAAUGUAUUAAGUGUGGAAGUGCUAUGAAUUUAUACCUACGUAAGGAGAGAGGUAAGGAAAGGAGAGUUUUACGUUGUAAGAGAAAGGGAUGUCAAACAACACAAACCUUAAGGAAAGAUAAUGCUUUUUGGACUUAUAUUGACAAGAAUGGUCGUCUAAAUAGUGGACUAAGCCUCAGUCAACAGUUAGAACUAGUGUUCUACUGGACUCAAGGUUUAUCCAAUAAAACAAUCAUGUCCUUAACUGGAAGAUCGUCCAACACCGUAUGUGACUGGAUGAAUUUGUGUCGGGAUAUACCACUAAAAAUGUUCGAAAAACGUAAUAAAUUUGGAGGACCUGAUGUCAUCAUACAAGUCGAAAAGCGGGACAAGCAAACUUUGUAUGACAUUAUUAAAAGAGAGGUUAUAUUGGGUUCUAUUAUACACUCUGAUGGAUGGCCAGCGUAUAAUGGGAUCGCCCAAUAUGGUUUUACGCAUAACACAGUUAACCACAGCGAAAAUUUUGUUGAUCCACUAACACAAGCGCACACUCAGAGGAUCGAAAGUUUAUGGAGACCAUUACGCUUAAAAGUAGUUAAAAAUAUGUGUGGUACAAGUCCUGAUCUCCUUCCAAGGUAUCUCAUGGAAACAUGGUGGCGAGGAAUAAAUAAAUCAGAUUUAUUUAAUGCAUUUUUAAGAGAUAUGGUGGAAGUUUUUGUAUAA